CGCUUGUCGCGACAACACUAGCGUCGAGUGUCGGUGCAAAUAAACAAAUCAAUAAUUGUGGCAGGGAGAAUGACAAAGUUUUACUUUACCCACGACCGCCGUCGUGAAUGGUAGUUCGCUCUGCCAAUUUUCGGAUUGUCGUAAUUACUUAUCGCUUGACAAUAAGAAGACUCGCGGAACUAAUUUAUUCUAAAAAAAAAAUAAAAACAAAAUAGUAAAUAUUGCGGCGCUCAUAGUUUUGUUAUACCGACCUAUAUAAAACACAUAGUUUGCGGUAAUUUUUGACAAAAAAUAAAUAAAUUUGUGCAAAAUUAAAAAUUCGAAUAGAAAUUUCAAGGUUGCGAGAACACUUUUCUGCCAUUUAUUAUUAUUCGAACCAAACUCUCCACGCCAACCGAGGAAGAGGCGAGUGUGCGUGUGUGCAUGUGCAAUUGUUGAUAUUUUUAAAAGAAAGUGAAAAAAUUUAAACUGACGGAAUUUAAAGCAAUACGGCUAUGACAGAAAACGAGCCCUUAAAUGAGAGUUCGCAGUCGAAUGGCAAAAUUGUAGCGAUCGAUAACGGCGGACGCUUGAACGGCAACAAUCAUGCAAAUGGCAAAUUUCAAAAGUCCAAGGCAUUGCCAAUGCCGGAACACAUUGAAGCUCCGUGUUGUCGAGACAUUCAUGGCGCUAAGGAACCACCAGAUGGCGGUAUGCGUGCUUGGUUGGUCAUGAUCAGUGCAUUUCUCUGCAACGGAGUUAUUUUUGGUAUUAUCAACACCUAUGGUGUCAUACAUAAAUUGUUGACGGAGCGACUGCAGGAGCAGGGCGAUACAGAUGCGUCCAGCAAGGCGGCACUUGUGGGCUCACUGACCAUUGGGACAACAUUUCUUCUUUCUCCGGUGGCCGGUUGCCUCACAGACAAAAUCGGUCUACGCCUUACCACACUAAUCGGAGGGAUUUUAUCUUCCGGUGGGCUGUUACUAUCAUCAUUCUUUACCUACAGUACUGGAGCUUUGUACGUCACCUAUGGCAUCAUGUUUGGUCUGGGUGCCGCCCUAGCCUAUACCCCGACCUUAGCUAUUCUGGGUCACUAUUUCAAACGGUACCUGGGUAAAGUUAGUGGUUUUGUGACGGCGGGAUCGAGUGUUUUCACCGUUAUCUUGCCACCCGGCAUGGAUUACUUAAUUAAAUCGUACGAUCUGGAGACGACGCUGAGAAUAAUGAGCGUUAUUUGUACCUUUGUAAUUCUAUGUUCGUUUGUGUACAAACCACUGCACCCGCCUCCAGCGCCACCAAAAAAGAAACCAGGACGCUCGAAAGCCAGCAUGGUAAUGCGGUCCAUCAUCAAUGUGGAAAUUUGGAAGCGUAAAAAGUAUGUCAUUUGGGCCCUGUGCAUUCCGAUGGCUCUGUUCGGUUACUUUGUACCUUAUGUUCACAUGAUGAAAUUUGUACAAAUGUCCUAUCCGAACAAUGAUCAAAAUCUUCCAGUUAUGUCCAUUGGUAUAACCUCCGGCCUAGGCCGUUUGAUAUUCGGAGCCAUAGCCGAUCUUCCCGGCGUCAACAGGAUAUACUUGCAGCAACUGUCAUUGAGCUGCAUUGGUGUAGUGACAAUCCUACUCCCCCUGACCAGUUCCUAUGUCCUGCUCAUUGUAUUCAGUUUGAUUAUGGGUCUGUUCGACGGCUGCUUCAUAUCGCUAUUGGGCCCGAUUGCCUACGAGAUAUGUGGACCGUCGGGAGCAACACAAGCCAUUGGCUUUUUGUUGGGUCUAAGUUCACUACCACUUACCAUUGGGCCUCCGGUGGCGGGUAUAAUCUUCGACAAAACUGGUUCAUACACAAUACCAUUGAUAUUGGCUGGCAUACCACCGAUCAUUGGAUCGGCCAUACUAUUUUUGAUACGUUUCAUUAGAGACGAUCCAUCAUUGGAGAAGACGAACGGAGUUAUGGUGACCGCAAAUGGAACGGAUGCCAAUGGUGGUGACAACGAUGAAGAUGUGGAGAAACAUCUAGCAUCCAAACAAAUACAACCUUUAAUGAAUGGACAUUCCAAAGCAGCAACCUUAAAUGGCAAUGGUUCCGUGGAACAUCGGCCGGAAUCCGAAACACACGAUCCAGCUGCCGCCAAUGGAAAAGCUCGCUUGGCCGAUACAGAAUCUCUGACGGAUGCACUGCCCUCGUACAAAGAAAAUGUUUAGCAAAUAACUAUUCAUUGAUUGUUGACUAAUUAGCCUAAGUUUUUUUU